AUAAAUAAUAAUAGCGGUAGGAUACGCUGGGAUUCCGGUAUUUUGUUUACAGAGCUUAGAGGGAUUUCCAGCCUCUGGCCUGGUCUUUCAGGCAUCGAUUCGAGGCUGGCCAUUGGUUUGGGGGUUCCCUCAUUUGUGUGUAACCCUUUCUUUCCCUUCUUUGGCACCGAAAAUCCGGAUUGUUGAUUGAUUUAGAAGGGAAAGAAAGCAAAGAUUUGAGGCCAAGUUGAAUUCUUUGAGAUUUUAUACGUUCGGAAUCUGAGAAAUGAGCGUUGUAUCGGGUGUGAUUUCGCGGCAAGUUUUGCCAGCAUGCGGUAGUCUUUGCUUCUUUUGCCCGGCGUUGCGGGCGAGGUCUAGACAGCCUGUAAAGAGGUACAAGAAGCUCAUCGCCGAUAUUUUUCCUCGUAAUCAGGAAGAAGGACCAAAUGAUCGGAAGAUAGGAAAACUUUGUGAAUAUGCUGCCAAAAAUCCUCUGCGCAUCCCAAAGAUUACAAGUUCUCUUGAGCAAAGGUGUUACAAGGAAUUGAGAAAUGAGAAUUUUCAAUCCGUGAAAAUUGUGAUGUGUAUUUACAGAAAAUUGUUGGUUUCUUGCAAGGAGCAAAUGCCACUGUUUGCAAGUAGCUUACUAAGCAUCAUGCAAGCUCUGCUGGAUCAAACACGGCAAGAUGAAAUGCGAAUUAUAGGAUGCCAUACUCUUUUUGACUUUGUAAAUAAUCAGAUUGAUGGAACUUAUAUGUUUAACUUAGAAGGAUUUAUUCCAAAAUUGAUUCAAUUGGCUCAAGAAGUGGGAGAGGAUGAAAGGGAACAAAGCCUACGCUCAGCUGGUCUCCAAGCCCUCUCUUCAAUGGUUUGGUUUAUGGGCAAAUACUCUCACAUUUCCGCCGAGUUUGAUAAUGUUGUUUCAGUGGUCUUGGAAAACUAUGGAGGCUGCACUAAAAAGUUGGAGAACAUGGACCAUGACAAGGAAGGUCCUCAGAAUCGCUGGGUGCAAGAAGUGCUAAAAAAUGAAGGUCAUGUCUCUCCUUCAGUUGAUGUCACAGCAAGUGUUCCUUCUUGGCAGACAAUUGUGAACGAUAAGGGCGGAGUAAAUGUAACAAUGGAAGAUGCCAAGAACCCUUGCUUUUGGUCCAGAGUCAGCCUGUAUAAUAUGGCCAAGCUCGCCAAGGAGGCUACAACCAUGCGGCGUGUUCUGGAAUCUUUGUUCCGAUACUUUGAUACAGGGAACUUGUGGUCUCCUGAGCACGGUCCUGCCUUCCCAGUCCUAAAGGACAUGCAAUUUUUAAUGGAUAACUCUGGGCAAAAUACACAUUUCUUGCUUUCCGUAUUAAUUAAGCAUCUUGAUCAUAAAAAUGUCCUUAAACAACCCGACAUGCAACUUGACAUUGUUCGGGUUACCACCUCCCUUGCUCAAGAUGCCAAGGUCGAGCCUUCUAUGGCAAUAGUUGGUGCAUUAAGUGAUGUCAUGAGGCAUCUGCGGAAGAGCAUACACUUCUCACUUGAUGAUGCAAGUCUGGGAGCUGACGUCAUAAAAUGGAAUAGAAGUUUUGGGGAAGCCGUGGAUGAAUGCCUUGUGCAGUUAUCACAUAAGGUUGGAGAAGCAGGCUCAAUUCUUGAGGUGAUGGCAGUGAUGUUGGAGAACAUCUCCACUAUUACAGUUAUAGCCAGAACUACAAUCUCAGCUGUUUAUCGUACUGCUCAAAUUGUAGCCUCCUUACCCAAUUUGUCAUAUCAAAAUAAGGCCUUCCCUGAGGCUUUGUUUCAUCAGUUACUCUUGGCUAUGGUUCAUCCAGACCAUGAAACGCGAAUCGGAGCCCAUCGCAUUUUUUCUGUUGUUCUUGUGCCAUCUUCAGUUUUCCCUCGUCCAUCCUCCUCUAUUCCCAACUCAAAGAAAGCAUCUGAUCUUCCACGGACGCUCUCAAGAACUGUCUCUGUCUUUUCUUCUUCAGCAGCUCUUUUUGAGAAGCUAAGGAAGGAGAUGUUUUAUUCAAGGGAAAAUACUUAUCAAGGGAGUAAAGAAAAUGAUGUUAGUGAGGAGGAAUCAAGCAGUAUUAAUAAUGGGAUGGAAGAUAGAUUGACGUCAUCAUAUGGUAUGGUGUAUAGUAUGAGAAGUCCCUCUGUAGCCUUGACGACUGAUGGAAAUACUGUGAUCAGUUCAAAUAAAGAAAUUGAGCCUAAUUUCCUCAGGCUGAGUAGCCACCAGAUUACUCUGUUGCUUUCAUCAAUUUGGGCUCAGUCCGUGUCUCCUGCAAAUACACCUGAUAACUAUGAAGCAAUUGCUCAUACAUACAGUCUGGUAUCACUGUUCUCUCGGACCAAGAAUUCCAGUAAUGAGGUUCUAGUUCAAAGUUUUCAGCUAGCAUUUUCCUUGCGAAACAUUUCUCUUCAUGAAGGAGGGUCACUGCCACCUUCACGUUGCAUCCUCUUUACCUUGGCAACUUCAAUGAUUCUCUUUUUGUCAAAAGCAUACAAUAUUCUUCCACUUGUUCAUGGUGCCAAGGCUGCACUUUCAAAUGAAAGGGUUGAUCCGUUCCUACAAUUGGUGGAAGAUUGUAAGUUACAGGCUGUCAAAACAGGAUCCAGCCAUCUUACAAAUGUUUAUGGAUCCGAAGAGGAUGAUACUUCAGCUUCAAAAUCUCUUUUGGAAAUAGGGACAACCAAAGAUCAAACUAGGGAGUUCUUUGUUUCGGAGGUUUUAAAGUGCUUGGAGAAUUUUUCAGAAUCUGAAUUGUCCACUAUAAGGGAACAGCUGCUGAAUGAAUUCGUACCUGAUGAUGUGUGUCCGCUGGGAAGCCAGUUGUUCAUGGGCAGUUCGUAUAAAAUUUGUCAGGUUGAUUUAGAAAACAAUGAAUCUCUUAAGGGGGUUGCUCCAGUAUUUUCAACAGAGGAUGAUUCACUAGCAGAUUCAUUUGAAAGUCAAACGAAACAUAAUUCAGAGUUGGCCUUGGAAAUCCCCAACCUUCUGAGUGUCAAUCAACUUCUAGAAUCAGUCUUGGAGACAGCACAUCAAGUUGGACGAAUUUCUGUCACAAAUGCACCGGAUGUGCCUUACAAGGAAAUGGCCCAUCAUUGCGAGACACUACUCAUGGGAAAGCAGCAGAAGAUGUCUAAUGUGAUGAUUGCACAACAGAUACAGGAAAGUAGGAAGAGCUUAACUCUAAACAAUCAUGAUCCUGAGGUGAAGAAGAUGGCAUCCUAUCCCCAUGUUGACAUGGGUUCCAAUGUGGCUGUGAAUCCUUUCCUUGACCAAAACUUCACUGCGAAUUCAUGCGGACCAUUUCCCGCCCCUGUUCCACUGCCUUGUGCAACAGAGCACCAGCGUCAUCCUCACUUCUUCAGAUUACCAGCAGCAAGUCCAUACGACCACUUUCUUAAAGCUGCUGGCUGUUGAUUGUCUAGAACUGUGAAGACAUUUAUAGUGGUCUAGAUGUGAAAGUAGCACAACCCAAGUGAGCUCUUGAUCUUAAAGUUCCAAGGCUCCAUGGCUACGAGCAUCCAGCUUUUAAUACUGAGUAUAAUGUGCCUUCUUCACAGUACGUUGCAGUCGCGGAGCAAUAAACAUCGGACGAGUUUGUUACCUUUGCAUAUCCAAUUGUUUUAUUCUUUUUCGUUUUAUUUUGGAGAUGACCGCAUUAAAGAUAAGGUGGUCGUAUUUGCUUGUCCCUCUAGUUGUGCAGAGUUCCAAGCCAAUGGUUCAGAGGUUCCCAUUCCAAGUUAGAUUCUUUCAAUGUGGAAAGGAACAUUAAUGUGUUUUUUUUGUUUUUUUGUCAUUCUAAAUCUCUAAUGGAGGUAUAUGUAAAUUUCGGGAUUGAUCAUAGAUCCUAUGCUUUUGGGAAAAAAGACCCAUCUUUUACAAACUCUUGCUUCAAUUGUUCUUAAAAAAGCAAGGAUGAAAAGGUUAUGCAAUUGGAUUGUAAUAUUUGAGCUAUA